AUGCCAUUCCCAACAGCACCCUCUCCCUUCCUCGUCGCCCUUCUCGUUUUCUUCAUUCUUCCCCUCGUCUUCUCCCCAAACGGCGGGUACGUUCGUCUCGCCGAGGGAGGAAAGGGUCGAGUGCACAUCACCGACGAGCUCGACGACGUCGUAGACGACGAAGAGGACGACACUUGGAAAGAAUGGGGCAAGAAGCCCACACCCCAGUUCGAUCUGCCGCCGGAGAAGUUGGAGAAGAUGGAGUUGUCGGAGAUCCAGGCCGAGACUUUGAAGAGGCAUUCCGGGCCGAUUCUUGGGUUCAUCAAGCUCCGACUCGGCGUCAAACGGACUAAGGAUAUGGUGGUUGAGAUUGCUACAAGAUGGAGUAAAGUUCUGAGAACUGGAUCUAUUGCGGUGAAGUUCAUGGGUAUUGAUUUAAGCACGGUCAUGGUCACCAUUGAAAGAGGCCAAGACUUGAACGAGUUGAAGGAUUUCGUGUUGAACCAACCGGAGGCUUACGAGCUAAAGAUUGGAGACCAAUAUUUUCGAAGGCCUGGAGAUCCUCCUUUAGAGGAAGUUGUUGAGAUGCUCCAGAAUGAGAAAAUGAGAAAGGAGAAUGAUGGUUCAACAGAGAGCAAUAAGCAAGUGAAAGAGGAACUGUAGCUUUGUGUUAGUAAAGUUUUUGAAAUGCAGUGGAAUAUGGCCCCUUGUGGGCUUAUGUAAUCAUAGCAAAUGCAGACAUUUUUGUGUACUGGGGUACAAGAUUAGUGUUAUUCAAGAGAAUUGUUGCUGAUUUUGGAAGUG